UUUGAAAAUUUGUGUGUACGAAGUGUCAAUAAGUGAUAACUUUUGUAAAAUUUUAGACUGUAAUCGAGUAGUAAUUAUGGAAUCAUCGGAUGAGGAUGUCCCAGAAUUAGUUCCAGCUGUUUUCCAGCCAGUGCCAGUAACAAUAAUAACUGGUUAUCUAGGCGCAGGGAAAACAACACUUCUUAACUAUAUUUUAACAGAACAGCACGAAAAGAAGAUUGCAGUGAUUUUAAACGAGUUUGGGGAAGGCAGUGCUUUAGAGAAGAGUGUCUCUGUUGGGCAGGAUGGCGAAUUAUAUGAAGAGUGGUUGGAGCUCAGAAAUGGUUGCCUGUGUUGCUCUGUCAAGGACAACGGUGUGAAAGCUAUUGAGAAUCUAAUGAAAAAGAGAGGAAAAUUUGAUUAUGUUCUACUGGAAACUACUGGUUUGGCAGAUCCAGGUCCCAUUGCAUCUAUUUUUUGGCUUGAUAAAGAACUGGGGAGUGACAUUUUUCUAGAUGGAAUUGUUACAGUUAUGGACAGCACUCAUGGAUUGGAGCAACUACGUCAGAAAGAUGGCGGCGCCUCCAGCGGUGAUCACUCGUCCGCUUCAAAGCCGGAUCUCAACGAAGCUGUCAGGCAGGUGGCAUUGGCGGACCUUGUGAUUGUAAAUAAGGUGGACCUCGCGACACGCGAGCAAAUCGACGCUUUGCGUACAGAGAUCUCGUGCAUCAACUCGGCUGCUGUGGUGAUUGAGACGACGCGCUGUAGGGUGGAUCUCAACCGAAUUCUCGACCUCAGAGCCUACAGCACUGGCGGCAACGAUGAAAGGUUGCGAGAAGUCGCUGAAACUGUGGAGCGAUUCAGCAAAAUUCCCCACAUCAGCCAGUCUGUCCGUACCUUGACGCUGGAGUUCCCCAUUACCUUGGAACGUUCCGCGCUGGAUGCGUUCGUACAAGCUCUUCUGUGGGAGAAGGCUACUGGUGCAGACAUCAUCAGAAUGAAGGGCGUGAUAAGCGUGCAGGGGGAGUCGCGGCCGCUGCAGCUGCAGGCGGUGUACGACACUUACGACGCGGAGCCGCUGCCCAGCGGCUGGGACGUGCCAGGCGCCCUCUGCCGCUUCAUCCUGAUCGGGCGGAACCUGGACAGAUCGGCUAUCGAGCAGUUGUUCCACCAGACCGUAGUAGCCGCCGUCGAUGGUAACAGCCAAGAAGGAGUUUGUACCUAAGCUGAUAUCUGGACACGCAAACUUCUUUUGUACAUUAUCUUGUUAACAAAUCAACUCCGUGUGUUGUUAAUAAAGUGGUCUUAUGGCAA